UACAGGAAGUCAGAAAAUGAUCAGUUUUCUUAACGGGUUAUAAUGUCGCAUUCAUCUCAGCUUCUGUAAUCGGCAUGUGUCAGGAGAUAUUUUUGUAAACAUCAAGUGAUUCAUUACUUCCACUGCGCAUUUUGUGUUUGACAGAACUAACAGUAUAACCACUGACGAUGGGGGAGGUGGAGUUAUCCUGCCUGGCCUAUGUGAAGAUGUAUCUACACGCUUGCUUGUUUCCACGGUGCAGCGUGAACGGCCUGCUGUUAUCAUCCAAUCCAGCAGGGGGUGGUGUGUGUGUUACAGAUUGUGUACCUCUGCUACACUCUCACCUGCCCCUAGCACCCAUCACCCAGGUUGCCCUCACACAGGUGGAUGUUUGGUGUGCACAGACACAGCAGAGGAUUGUGGGAUACUAUCAAGCCAAUGCGUGCAUAUCAGAUAGCAGUCCAACACCCUGUGCCUUGAAGAUCGCAGAUAAGAUCGCUGAGCAGUGUAGUGGAGCAGUGCUUCUUAUGAUUGAUGGUGCCAAAAUGUCUCCAGGAUACCGGGUACCUCCAAUAGUGAUGUAUGAGCGCAAAGACUCCCGCUGGUUACUGAAAGACAAACACACGGUAAUGCUAAGACAGUGGGAAGAAACACGUUCAAUAGCCAACCAGCUGCUGGACUCUGGAGAUCACACACUUUUGGUGGAUUUUGAUAGCCAUUUGGAUGAUAUAACAAAGGACUGGACCAAUCAAAAACUGAAUGCCAAAAUAGCAGAACUAGCAUCUCCCGUCAAUGGGAAUGUGUGAUUUUAUGUACAGGUGUAUAGGUAUGGGUGUAGAAAUGGACAUUAAAUAAACCUUAUGAAAAACUAA